AAAACUAAACCUCGGAUAAUCUAUGAGAAUUGUUUUAUUAUAUAGGUUAUGUUAUGUUACAGAAUAGUGUUUAACUAAUUACAAAUUUGUUUCAACUACUUCUAUAUUAACUGGGAAAAUGCAUAAAUUAUUUAAGAAUCUAUGUCUCAGUAGCUCGAAAGCAAAUCUGACUAGGAAUAUACACAACAGCUCGUCAGUCCUGGCAUGGUCAAAAUCAGAUGUACCGCGAAGAUUUCUCGAGUAUAACAAGAAAAUCUAUCCUCCACAAUCAUCUGAUGAAGAGCCAAGGCCAGCGUUUGUAUGUCAUCAGAAGACCAAUAUAAAGUAUAGUCCUGAGAAGCUGUGGUAUAUUGCUAGUUUUGUCAGAGGAAUGACAGUAGAUGAGGCUGUAAAACAACUCAGCUUUGUUAAUAAAAAAGGAGCAAUAUUUGUCAAGGAAGCCAUACUUGAAGCUCAAGAUUUAGCUGUAAAAGAGCAUAAUGUAGAAUUUAGGAGCAAUUUGUGGAUUGCUGAAUCAUUUUCUGGUCAAGGAAUGGUGAUUAAAGGAAUAAGAAGACAUGCAAGGGGACGUAUGGGAGAAGUGAGAUACCAAUUCAGUCAUUAUUUUGUAAGAUUGGAGGAAGGAAAGCCACCUGCAGACUAUUACAAACGGAGUCCACUAACUCCUCAACAACAACUUGCUAAUUGGCUGGAACAAAUGAGGAAGAGAAAGAUUAUAAAUUCAUAUUAAGUUGAAAAUAAUUUAUUAACAUAUUUACUUAUAAAUAUAAGAUAGCAUAGA